AUGUGUGUGUGUAAGAAGUGGGAACGACAGAACAUACUGAUCCUUGUACUGCUAACUACUCUCCCUCAUCGCCUCGGUGUCUGCGCCUCCCGCCACGUGGCAGCCCGUCGUUCUCCUCCUUCUGUUUCUUCUUCUUCCUCGUCCUUUCCAAUCCAAUCACUUCAUGCAAUCUGCCAACUCUCACUUCAGCCGUCUCUCCGAUGUUGUUACUGGUUUUCGCUUCCCGGCUCACAUUUCCUUAAUCAUUCACAGCUUCAAGAAAUGGACGCCAUCAGGCGCAAGCGCAGCAAGCCCAAGCUCCAGCGCCGAAACGCCAUGAAGAACAUCGAUUACCAAGUUCCCGAAUCCUUAGCUUCCUCUUUCGACGAUUCCUCCUCCCCGGAAUUUCAGUCUUCUUCUUCCCUCGAUUUCUCCCCUUCUCUCGAGAAACAAACCAGCAUUCGUGUCCAGGGCGUAGACGGCGAAUUCGAAUUGAUUUUCCGCAGCCUCGGGCUUUCUGGCCCGGACGACUUCGCCAUUCCGUAUGAUGACUGGCAAGCCCAGAGGUCUCGCUUUAAUUUAAUUGCUAAAUCGCCGGAAAAGAAGGUGGAGGAUGGGAAACCGGUGAAACUUGAAUCUAGGGCUUCGAUUAAUAGUGAUGUUGAAGAGCCUCGUGAUGAAAGGCAGCACGGGAAGAGUGGUGUUCCUUCUGAUUCGAAGCCUCUUGUUGGUGGGGGAAUCAAAGGUGCCAGGCCCCCCGUCCUCUCUACGCCGCCGGUGAUGCUGCCGCGGAGGGUUGAUGAGGGGGUGUCUACUUGGGAUUUAGUGAAGUCUUUGUCAGAUGGUGUUAUUGAUAAUUAUUCACCGAUUCGUGACGGGGGCAUCGGUUCUUUUGGUGAGGAAGACGAAGGGCGCGUCGAGAAAAAUGAAGUUGGUGAUCAAGGAAUUGAUGCUGAGGAGGAAUCACGUAGUGCGAGGCAUAGGGAAAGCAAUCUUCUUUCGGAUUCUUGUUCAUCUACGUCCCGUGACGACGAAGAAAGUGAUGCCGUUGGCGAUAAAGUCUUUGGUGAGGUUGACGAAUCGGUUUACAAUGUCUCUCCACACGGUUCAUUUAGACGCCUUUUUAAAUCUUGGCAAAAGGGGGAGAUUUUGGGGAAAGGAUCAUUUGGAACGGUGUAUGAAGGUUUCACAGACGAUGGAUUCUUUUUUGCCGUAAAGGAAGUGUCUUUGCUAGAUCAAGGAGCCCAAGGAAAACAGAGCAUUUUCCAACUUCAGCAGGAAAUAUAUCUUUUGAGUCAAUUUGAACAUGAGAACAUUGUUCGAUAUCUUGGCACAGACAGGAAUAAAAAUAUGCUAUACAUCUUCCUCGAGCUUGUUACCAAAGGGUCAUUGGCAAGACUCUAUCAAAAGUAUCGUCUAAAGGACUCUCAAGUUUCUUCAUACACAAGGCAGAUUUUAAGUGGUUUGAAGUAUCUUCAUGACCGCAAUGUGGUUCACAGGGACAUCAAGUGUGCUAAUAUAUUGGUUGAUGCAAAUGGGUCAGUAAAGCUUGCUGAUUUUGGCCUAGCCAAGGCAACCACUAUGAAUGAUGUUAAAUCAAGCAAAGGCUCCCCGUAUUGGAUGGCCCCUGAGGUUGUAAAUCUAAGAAGCCGUGGCUAUGGCCUAGCAGCUGAUAUAUGGAGCUUGGGAUGCACAGUUUUGGAGAUGUUGACACGCCAACCUCCUUACUCUCAUUUGGAAGGAAUGCAAGCUUUAUUUCGGAUUGGUAGAGGUGAGCCUCCGCCUGUUCCAGAAUCUUUAUCAAAAGAUGCUCGAGAUUUCAUUCUCAAGUGCCUGCAAGUUAACCCUAAUAAAAGGCCAAAUGCAGCCCAGUUAUUGGAUCAUCCAUUUGUAAAGAGGCCAUUUCUAUAUCCUAUGAGUCCUGCUUCUCCGCAUAUAAAAAAUUUACGGUUUUGAAGGCAUUCUAUUUCUGGAUCAGCAAUAUGGCAUUUGUGUAUUGCCACCAAGAAGCUCUACUCAUCCGCUAUUUUCCAUAGUCCCCUGAACAGUGCAUGGAGGGAUACUGUUACUGGGUCGACAGAGAGAUCAAUCUACAGGCUAGAAGCCAACAAGAGCUUGUCAGAAUGGGUGUUCGGGUGGGAAUAUCCAUUAGCACGGCCAUUUUAGUAAGUUUCCAUUAAUUCCUAGCUCUAGCUGGGUGCAUGAAAAGUACAAGCUAGAAUUACUCUAUUACAGUGAUUGAAUGGAGAGGAUUAUGGAAGAGGAUAGAAAUGGAAGACCAAAUUAGACCUUCACCUUCUAUCAUCUAUCCUCCUGCAUUCUCUUCGAGCAUAUAUCUACCCAAUUGGGCCUAUGAAAAUCCAGUUACUUUGGCUAUAAUCUUAUCCAUCAUGCUGGUUUCUGGUGAAGGUAGAAUCAAAGAGUUGGGGCUUUUGUGAGAUUAACAGGUCCAUUGUUCAACGAAGAUCUCGGCUUGCCACAGGAUGAAAAGCAAUGACUUCAUGUCGGUGGGGGGAGUAGACAAGACACUCUUCAAGGAGAGGAUAGACUUGUUCAUCCUCAACCGAAUGCUCUGUGGCAGAGUAUGGUUACACCAAGAGAAUUUAUGGCCAUCCAUCUCGUGGGAAAUUUCGUGAAGGGUACUUUCUCUGUGGCUUUCAUGCAGUGUAUUUUUGAAGUUCAUUUUGCAAAGCAGUGGAGAAAAUAUCCUUUUUCACUGGAAAAUUUUAAGUAAAUUCAAUCUGUGAACUAAGUCGUUCAUGUUCUCAUAGUUGACUUGGUUCAUUUACCUUUGUAGAUCAAUUUGCCCAAGGAUCAGAUCAAGAACUCGUGUGUGAUUGAUUUUGCAUAUUACUUGUGCAGUCUCUAGUGACAUGUGCAGGUUGUGGCCUGUAUCUAAACUAAACUCAGUGACCUCAGCUGUUAAAGCAAUUUUAUUCGCCAAAAAGAAGAGAUGGCCAACCGAAAAGCAGCCACUUCACUUUUGUAUAUCCUAGGUGACUGUUUCUGUAAUUAGAGCAUUGGUGGAAGUUAAUCACCUUGCAAUGAAGUCGUGUAUAAUACUUGCCAUGUUUCUACUAUGGCUGCGAAAUGUAAGUUUGGUUCGUUCUUUCUUCCUUUUCUGUUUUUUGGGGGUGGGGGGACCAACCUUCAUAUGAUGCAAUGCGCAGAUGCGAACUAAGACGUGGGUAGUUAUAGGUUUGUAAUGUCAUCAGGUUAAAAUAAUUAAUUUGGAAUUUAAGCUUAGAAA